CACACAUCAGUGACCAAGGCGAAAGAUUUAGGCUACUGUGACUUCCAAUCCCUCCAGCUGUGAUUUCCUCUCCUACGCUGACAAGCGACACUCCCCCAUUUUUUCGCCUUUUGUUCCGAGGUGGAGCCUGACACCCCGACUUUACCGAACCUGACUGCUGACGAAGGAGACGAAGGAGGAGAACCGGGACCAGCGAACAUUGGCGAGUCUCUGGAACGCAAAUCGGGGAGGGAACCUCACUAGACGGCUUCAGGGAAGGAAUCAGCUUACAAAUCCUACAAACCGACAGUGAUCGACAGAUCCGCACGAAAAGAUGAAUUAUUUUAUACUCCUGUCGGUUCUGGCCACGGUGGUUACCGGAAAGUCACCUCGCCUGAAAUUUAUUGUGAACGAACCCCCCAGGUUCCACUUCAACAAGCCUGAGAACUACAUCAGCAUGUACCACCAGGAAGGAAGUGACACGCUUUAUGUCGGCGGCCAAGCAACGAUCUACGUGUUGACAUUCAGUGAUAAAAGGGUUGUUGACAUGCAGAUCCCAGCGGCAUCGGAUCAGACUGCAAUUGAUACCUGCAAGGCAAAAGCUUCUCCAGAUGAGAUGGAGUGCGACAAUUUCAUCACCGUCCUUCAGAAAGUUAAUGACACAUUCAUAGUAUGUGGGACGAAUGCUGGAAGCCCCAGAUGCUGGAUGCUGGUAAAUGACACAGUGCUGACAGACGUCCAAGGCGGUGGGACGAUAGCGCCAGCCUCUCACAUCUCACCUCCCUUCCCUUCGCAGAAGUCAAUCAACUUGCCUGCAGAUGGGAGUCUGUACUCCGCCAUGUCAUCAGUGGGAGGUCACACCGGCUCGAUCCGUCGUACAUUUGGCCCCCAGAAACUCCUGAAGACGGAAAAUGUUUGGCUGCUGAGUCCUCAGUUUGCUGGAGCAUCCAUAAUUCCUGCCUCGGAAAAGAACAAAGAGGAGAUCUAUUUCUUCUUCACGGAGUUCAACAAGACAGCCCGAGUGGAUGAGGAGCCAUACAGAGCCCGCAUAGGUCGAAUCUGCACGGUGGAUGAAGGGGGCAUCAAAGCCAUCCUGCCAGAAUCUUGGACCACCUUUAUGAAGACUCGAGUGAUGUGUGGUGCAGGCAACACACAGCAGCAGUACAACAACAUGAAGCAGGCUGUGGUCCUGACAGCUCAGGACAAGAGGGCUGGGGUCAUGUAUGGCCUUUUUUCCAAUGCAUGGGGAAGAACGGUGGUUUGUGCCUAUUCCAUCGAAGAUAUUGAUCGAGCCUUCUCUAAUUCUAAACUGAAAGGCUAUAGCACCCCAUUUGGUGUCCAUCGACCAGGGAUGUGUUUACGUAAAAGUCCAUCAACAGCAGAAAGUCAGAACAACGUCAAAAACCUUGGCGUGAUCAGAUACCACCCUGAAAUUGAGGAUGUAAUUCGGCCGGUUGGUGUGAAUCCACUCGACCUCCCCACAGAUGAUCAAAUCACCCACGCUGUUGCAGAUAUUGUCCUGGCAGUCAAUGAUGAGCAUUACACUGUCCUGUACCUCGGAACAGAUCAAGGCAAAGUUCUCAAGGUUCUUCACACCAUCCAGGAUGUCUUCAUCAUAUCUCAGUAUUCUCUGUUCCACAAUGAAGGGCCUGUUCUAAAUAUGGCCAUCGACUCACAAAAGGGUCACUUGUAUGUCGGUACCGCUAUGGAAGUUCAGCGUCUGCCGUUGGCUGACUGCAGGCGCUAUGGCCACACAUGCAGAGAGUGCAUCCUUUCCAGGGAUCCAUACUGUGGCUGGGACAAGGCCAGGAGGAAGUGCAUCGCCAUCCCGCCCGGAUACAACGUCACAACUGGAACUCUUAUUCAAAAUCUCGAUAGUUCCAACUCCUCCAUUUGUGAGGAAGCUGCUGCACUUAAGCUGCGGCAAACUUUGCCCAGAGAGAUUGUGGUGAAAGGAAGAAACACCACCGUGUUUCUUCCCUGCCCCGUUCACUCCUUUCAUGCCACCUACCGCUGGGAGAAGGACAACUGCAAAAGGAACUACCCGUGCCUGUUCUCCGGAGACUUCUGCGUACUGGGCCCGGUUGUUAACACUCCCUUGAAGGAAGGUGUCUUCCGCUGCAUGGCCACUGAGGAUGGAUUCAAGGUGGAAGUUGUUUCCUUCAGGCUGGUGAAUGAUGGCAGGCUUAUAUCUGCUUCAUUUGCCUCCACCUUGGGCCUUUCAGCCCUGCUUGCUGUGAUGACCCUAUGGCUUCAUUAACUAUAGCUAACACUGAUGCUAUCUUCUUUUUUGUAGUGGCUCCAACUGACAGGAUAAACAAGGAGCCAUUGUGGGAGUUAGGUUCGCAUUGCACCGGCACUCGUGGUUGGGUUGUGCACUGACAACUGAAACUUUUUUUUUUCUUUACGUUUCUAUCAAGAACACGUUAGUAUAAAAAUGUUUAAACUAACCUAUCCACCUUAUUUGUGAACAUGGAACUAAAUGUAGGUGCAGCUUCCGGUUUUUCUGUGACCCUUUCAUUUCUCCACUUUUCUGGGCUAACUAACAGCAGCUUAGCUAAACUUGUGAACUUUGUAGUGGGUACAUUUCCUAAAAUUGUUGAACAAUCGAAAUGGCAGGUUAGCACCCUCAAGCUUUUCACAAGUGGAAUGAUGAUAUGAAGAAGUGACCUCAUUUAACAUAUGAGGACAUUUUUAACUAUUUUAUGUUGUCACUUGGUGCGGAGGUGGCCAGGUGCUCCUGUGUCGCGGGUGAGGAGAAGUCCUGCAGUCAUGCAUUGGUGAUAUUAUGGAAGCUAGGCUGAUAAAUUGUCACUUCAGUGCAUGCUAACUUACAAGAUGCAUCUUUGUUGUAAUUAGAUUGCAAAUCAGUUAAUUUUCUACAAAACAAAAACCACAUAAGCCCAUCCUCUCUAUUAUUGCUCAUUUAAAUAAUCAUAUUGCAUUGCUACUCUUAAGUAAAAUUUUGGGAUAUUCCAUCUGAUACGAGUAACUUCAUUGAAUAGAGAACAAACAUUGUUUUACCCAAAGAUGAGGACGACAAUGAAACACACCUACAGUUUACAUUAAAGCAAGACUUCAUUUUAUUUGUAGGCUGCUUCUUCUUUUCUUUUCCCCCCAUCUUACUGCUGACCUUGUGCCAUUUACUAGUAGUGAAUAUACAGAAAGGAUGGUACUGUAAAGAAAGAAUGUUGUCACUUUACUCUCAGAGUACACUCACGCAUGUAUACCCAUACACAUAAGUAUAUUUUACAUAUAUGCAUACAUUCAUUGCCCGGUCUUCCUUUGAUCUUGUGUCCAUCAAAUGAAAAGAGCAAACAUAUGGUUGCUCUCAAACGUAAAGCUUUUAACCACAGGCAAAGGGAUUCCUCGUCCUUUGGCAGGGGAUGAAGGUCAUAGAGCACCAAACAUCCACAUUCAGGUCUAGAAAGUGGUUUGUGACUUAACGACUUCUGCUCCAAGUAUUCCUUUCCUUUGAAACAAUAUCUUCUCAAAGCCAUAGUGUUAAGUUAGUUAUUAUGAAGACGGUGAACAGUGAGUUAGCUAGCCAGCGACCGGAAGUGCCUGACCAAAAGUCGUGCACAAAAAAACACCAUUCGUGUCUAUAUUUCUGUUAAAAAUAAGGUGGAUAUCUUGGUCAAAAAUAACAUAUCUACAGCUGCAACUGAUUGCAUGAGAUAAAAACUGUAAAAUUCAGAACUUUGCUGACUAAUAAUGUAAUUCAGUCAUGAUGUGGUGCUUUGCGAACCUUUCUUCUCUUACUAAAAAAGAUGAACAUACACAGUGAGUCGGGCAAAAAAAACACCAAUACCAGGCCAAUUCUUUUAAACUUUUCUCUACAUAUUUUGAAAUUACCUUGAUUGUGCUUAUUUGUGGAUAUGUAAACCUUUAAUAAUGCUAUUACAUCUCUUCAUUCCUCUUGUUCAACUUUAUUGUCUAAGCUCAUUGGAACCUAAAAAUGUCUGGUAUUGAGAUUUUAAAAGCCUUAAUACUUUUGGGACAUGGACUCCUAAGCACAAUUUUGCAGUUGAGGGUGAAAACUGCAGACUCAGUUGGACUUGGGGAAAUGUUCAGUGCAGCUGAGUCUAACAAUGUGGCUGGGAGGAAGUGACACCUUUUCGAUGGAAAGUAGGAUGGGCCUCGAACAUCACUGUGUCUCAGCACUUCCUCCUCAGACUGGGCAGUUUCUAGCAAUGUUACAGCAGAUAGUUUCAAACAACAUCACUUUGCAUUGUCCACAGCUUCGUGCACUGUUCUUUUUCUUUCAUCAUGCCAUCAUCUCUCAUUUAUCCUGUCCUCAUAAUCUGAGAUAUUCAAUUAAAUAUUGUUCUUAUUUAAAGUUAGGUCCAGAGAUAAUGAUCCUUUCAAGUAGAUGAUGGCAUAUCAUUACCACAAUCCAUUAAUGUACGUCAAAAUUGGGAAAUUAGAACAGAUAGCUCCUGGUUAAAGAGGAGCAGUUUUCUUUUAAAUGAAAAAUUAUUUCUCUAUACCAGACCAGUGGCGGUUUUUGAAAUGGGCGAAAUUACUUUUUGCCCAGAUUGCCCUUUUGUCUCGAGGAAGGUUGUCCUGUUCUGUUAGUUGCACCCAGAUUGAGUUUUUAUUGUGCAUCUGCAUGUCAAUGGGGAUUGUUUGCACUCCUAUGUUGUGCACAGUUUAAGCACUGUGAGUAAACAUGACAAUGCACCACAGCCAGUUGAUGAUGUUCAGCUCCAAACUAAAGGGCUAUAUCACUGUUUUUUCCUAUUAACCUGAAAUUUUUUGUUGUCUCGUUCAAAUCCGUUUUGACUUACUAAUAUUUAAAAACACUAACAUAAGUACAGAGUCUUGAAAAGACUGACUUAAUUGGUGAAACUGUACUUUUAGACAAUAAAAUACGGCAAAAAAUGUGGGAUUCAUAG